UUUUGAGGCCCAAACGUGUUAAAAUUAAAGAGAGAAGAAAACUGAACAAAAUUCGACGCGGGCGGCCGCGGAAUCUUCGUCUUCUCGCACUCUGAGCUUUCAGUAAAUCCGAAACUCAAAACCUCUGUUGUUCGUGGUGGCGACAAUGGCUGCUAACAACAAUAAUGGGGAUAUCCUAAUGCUCGAAGCUCCACCGCAGCCAUCUCAACCAGCUUGGCGCGUUUCUGCAGAUGCGGAGGUUAUCGACGCUUUGCCCUACAUCGACGACGACUAUGCCGACCCAAGGGUCAAAGCAGAGGUUGAUCGCUUGGUCGAGGAAGAGAUGCGGCGUAGCUCCAAGCGACCCGCCGACUUUCUCAAAGACUUACCUCCUCUUCCUAAGUUCAAAUUCGAGGAUCAUCCGAUGCUUGCUAGGGAGUAUGAGCGUGUAAGAGCUGGGAGGCCUCCAGUCCCUCUUGACGUUGCAAGAUAUAAAUUAGAGACACCACCUCCAAAUAAAAAGAAUGACGAAACUGCUUGGAAGCAGACACUUCAGAAAGCUCAAUGCUUACUCCGUCAUCAAGUGCUGAGGCUGGAAAAUUUGGAUCUGAUGUCAAAAUAUGGCCCUGAUAUCUGGAAGCAGCACAACAAACAGCUGGAAGCACUUCUAUCAAGAAUGCAAAAAUUAGCUCAGGAACAGAAUGAGAAGAUUGAAAAAGUGAACCGUGAAAGGAAAUUCCAUCAACAAAACGCUGCAUAUGAGCUUCAUGCUCUAUCCACGCAAUGGAAGGAGCUUUGUGAGAAAAAUAUGGAAAUCCAAGUGGCAUGCUUUCAAUUAGAGGGUCAAAUACAGGAAUUGAGGAGAGAGGCAGCAGAAAAGGGCUGGAAUUUGGAAGUCAAUGUAGAAAAUGGUUCUGUUUCCCUUCCAGUAUCAUAAGGGGAGCGUCCUAACCAUGGUUUUUGCUACUCAAAAGUAAAGACCCCCAACGUCUUUUGUUGCCGUUAUGGUAUGCCUACAUGGAAGAUGAGUUAGAUUUCUGCUUAUUAUAAGAGGUUGGUUGCUUUUCUUGGCCUCCAAAGUUUGUGUCAUUUUCAAAUUUUAUAUUGAAUUGAUUUGUAUCUGUACCUUCAGUGAAGUAAUUUGAAAACACCUACUUCUGCUAACCGUGUUACUUGGUUACUCUCUGACUUGAAUAUAGAUUAUUGUGUAAAAAUUGUUUAACCCAGACUAUCUAUCAAAUGGUUGAUAUUUGAUUAA